AUGAUACUCCGCGGGGCGAUCUUCGUCUUGUUGGCUCUAGUAUCGCUUGCCUUGUGCGCCGAAGACUUCUACAAGAUCUUGGGAGUCGAUAAAUCUGCGACAGAUAAGCAGCUGAAGUCUGCCUACCGCCAACUUUCGAAGAAGUUCCACCCCGACAAGAAUCCAGGCGAUGAAACAGCACACGAGAAGUUUGUUCAAGUCUCCGAAGCCUACGAAGUGCUAAGCGAUUCCGAGCUUCGAAAAGUCUACGACCGCUAUGGCCACGACGGCGUCCAGUCCCAUCGUCAACGUGGUGGAGGCGGUGGUGGAGGCGACCCCUUCGACCUCUUUAGCAGAUUCUUUGGCGGCCAUGGACAUUUCGGAAGAUCAAGUCGCGAGCCCCGAGGCAGCAAUGUCGAGGUCAAAGUAGAAAUUUCCCUUCGCGACUUUUAUAACGGCGCCACUACCGAGUUCCAAUGGGAGAAGCAGCACAUCUGUGAGAAAUGCGAGGGUUCGGGCAGCGCAGACGGAAAAGUCGAGACUUGCAACAUUUGCGGUGGACACGGUAUCCGAAUAGUCAAGCAACAGCUUGCCCCCGGCAUGUUCCAGCAGAUGCAGGUUCGUUGCGACCACUGUGGUGGCACAGGCAAGAGCAUAAAGAACAAGUGUCCCAUCUGCCGUGGCAAUCGGGUUGAGCGUAAAUUGUCAACGGUCAGCCUGACUGUCGAGCGCGGUAUUGGCCGAGACGCAAAAGUGGUGUUUGAGAACGAGGCCGACCAAAGCCCAGACUGGGUUCCCGGCGAUCUCAUUGUCAAUCUUGCCGAGGCUACCCCGUCGUAUGAUGAUAACCCCGAUCAAGUCGACGGCACCUUCUUCCGACGCAAAGGCCACGAUUUGUACUGGACAGAAGUUCUCUCUCUGCGUGAGGCUUGGAUGGGCGGCUGGACUCGCAACCUCACUCACCUCGACAAGCACGUUGUGCGCCUCGGCCGCGAGCGUGGCCAGGUCGUUCAAGGUGGCCUGGUAGAGACCAUUGCUGGUGAAGGUAUGCCGGUAUGGCACGAGGAAGGCGAAAGCGUCUACCAUACGCACGAAUUUGGCAACCUGUACGUUACGUACGAGGUUAUUCUGCCAGACCAGAUGGACAAGAAGAUGGAGAACGAAUUCUGGGACCUGUGGGAGAAGUGGCGAUUGAAGAAAGGAGUAGACCUGCAUAAAGAUAGCGGGCGACCCGAUAUUAAGCAUGAACGCGAUGAGUUAUGAUGCGGCAAAAGAAGGAUAUAGCAAAAGGGAAGCAAGAGGAGUUAUGUAGGGUACUAUGUCGUGUAAUUUUCUCCUAUUAUAGACUUGUGGAUUGUAUAUAUACAUGGCACUUGCAAAGGACAUGCAUGAUUUAUUCUUUUGGUGUUCGCAAUUGAGUCGUAUAUCCACUUCAAAUAUCACAUUGUCACGUCGUCAGGGGCUCCAACUGAGGUACAUUAGUUGGCGUAUACCUUAUUUUGAGGCUGAGAUGCCAGUACUACAAUUUGGAGGAUUAUGUGGCUUCUGGGAGAAAGACGUCUUCAGAAGCUUACGACCUUGGUACCCAUUACGCGUCGGGGGGCUCUCUGGUGGCAUGUUCUACAAAGUAUCUCCUCUGGUUGCUCCUCUUUUGCGCGUUUUUGUGCCUCUCAAAGGCCUAUAGGGGAGAAAAUAACACUUGGCAUCUUGCCACAAGGGAGUAUAUCGUCACCAACAUACGAGGUGGCGCGUGAAGUGGGUAGGUAUCUAUCAAGUAAUAAGUAGAUAUCGCUGAA